CGGCGGGGGGCUGUGAGGAGGGAGCCGCCGUCGCGGAGCUCGGCCGGGAGCAUGGCCCCCGCCGCGCCACUGCCGCUGCUGUUGCUGCUGCUUGGGCGGCCGCUGCUCGGGUGGCCGGGGCAGGGCGCGGGCACCUGGUCCCGCUUCGCCCGGCUGCCCUACCCGCAGGACCAGCUCUUUCUCUACGACACCUUCCCCGACGGCUUCCUCUGGGGGGCGGGCAGCGCCGCCUACCAGACGGAGGGCGGCUGGCGCCAGGGCGGCAAAGGCGCUUCGGUCUGGGACACCUUCGCCCACCGCCCGGCGACGCCGUCGGGGUCCGCCCCGCCGGGGCCGGCGGGCGGCGAUGUCGCCAGCGACAGCUACAACAACCUCUUCCGCGAUGCCGAGGGGCUGCGGCGCCUGGGGGUCUCCCACUACCGCUUCUCGCUGUCCUGGGCCCGGCUGCUGCCCAACGGCACGGCGCCCCUCAACCCCGCUGGGCUGGCCCACUACCGCCGGCUGCUGGGACACCUGCAGGAGCUGGGCGUCGAGCCCGUUGUCACCCUGUACCACUGGGACCUGCCGCAGGGCCUGCAGGAUGCCUUCGGUGGCUGGACCAGCCCUGUCCUGCCCCAGCUCUUCCGCGACUACGCCGAGCUCUGCUUCCGACACUUUGGUGGACAGGUGCGCUACUGGCUGACCAUGGACAAUCCCUACGUGGUGGCCUGGCAUGGCUACGGCACUGGGCGGCUGCCACCUGGCAUGCAGGGAGGCCCACGCCUCGGCUACCAGGCAGCCCACCACUUGCUGCAGGCCCACGCUAAAGUCUGGCAUCUCUACAAUGAACAUUUUCGUCCAACUCAAAGAGGAAAAGUGUCCAUUGCCCUUAGCUCCCACUGGAUAAAACCUCAACGUAUGACUGAAAAAAACAUAAAAGAAUGUCAAAAAUCCCUUGAUUUUGUGCUCGGCUGGUUUGCUAAGCCCAUAUUUAUUGAUGGUGACUAUCCAGAGAGCAUGAGGAGCAACCUUUCAUCUCUGUUGCCUGAAUUCAGUGAAGUUGAGAAGAAGUAUAUCAAGGGAACAGCAGAUUUCUUUGCUCUUUCAUUUGGAGCUACCCUGAGUUUUCAGCUCUUGGACUCCCACAUGAAAUUCCAGCAGUUGGAAUCAAUAAGCCUGAGGCAGCUCCUUUACUGGAUAAGCAGUGAAUAUAACAACCCCCAGAUAUUCAUUGUGGAGAACAGCUGGUUUGUUUCUGGUAGCACCAAAAGAGAUGAUGCCAAAUAUAUUUACUAUCUCAAAAAGUUCAUUAUGGAAACUUUAAAAGCCAUCCGGUACGAUGGGGUUAAUGUGUUUGGCUACACAGUCUGGUCCCUCCUGGAUGGCUUUGAAUGGCACAGGGGAUACAGCAUUCGGCGUGGAUUGUUUUAUGUUGAUUUUCAAAGCCAUGACAAGAAGCUGAUGCCCAAAUCUUCUGUCUUGUUCUAUCAAAAGCUGAUAGAAAAAAAUGGCUUCCCACCUUUGCCUGAAAACCAGCCCAUAGAAGGGAUUUUUCCCUGUGGCUUUGCUUGGGGCGUUGUUGACAACUACAUUCAGGUAGACACGACACCCGCCCAGUUUCUUGACUCUAAUGUUUAUGUGUGGGACGUUCACCAGACGAAGAAGCUUAUUAAAGUGGAUGGAGUGCUCACCUCGAAACGCAAGCGGCACUGUGUUGACUUUGCUGCCAUCAGGCUCCAGAUCUCUCUUCUGCAAGAAAUGCAUGUCACACACUUCCAUUUUUCACUGAAAUGGUCCUCAAUCCUUCCUUUAGGUAACCUUUCUCUUAUCAACCACACACUUGUUCAUUAUUAUCAGUGUUUUGCUAGUGAACUUCUCAGAGUUAAUAUAACUCCUGUUGUUGCUUUAUGGCAACCUAUGGCUGAGAAUCAAGAGCUUCCAGCUUCUCUUGCCAAAUAUGGAGCUUGGGAAAACCCAGAAACUGUUCAGGCCUUUGUUGAGUAUGCCAAAUUCUGCUUUACAAGCCUUGGGGACCAUAUCAAAUUUUGGAUCACAAUGAAUGAACCGUCUGUUAAAAACUUGACAUACACCGCCGGGCACAACCUGUUGAAAGCCCAUGCGAAAGCAUGGCAUCUUUAUGACAAAGAAUUCAGGAGAACUCAGAAGGGUAAAGUAUCUAUAGCUCUGCAAGCCGACUGGGUAGAACCAGCUUGUCCCUUUUCCAGAAAUGACCAAGAAGUUGCCGACAGGAUUUUAGAGUUCGACAUUGGCUGGCUUGCAGAGCCCAUAUUUGGGAACGGUGAUUACCCACAGAUGAUGAGAGCAUGGCUUCACCAAAGAAACAGCAUUGACCUGUAUAAUUUCCACUUGCCUUAUUUCUCAGAAGAUGAAAAGAAGUUAAUCCAGGGCUCAUUUGAUUUUUUUGCCUUGAGUCACUACACUACUACCCUUGUGGGCUGGGAGAAAGAAGAUGCACUAAAGUAUGACCACUAUCUUGAAGUUCAAAUGAUCAAUGACAUCACGUGGCUGCACUCCCCCAGCAGAGCUGCAGUAGUGCCCUGGGGACUGCGAAAAUUGCUCAAGUGGGUUAAAUCCAAGUAUGGCGAUGUUCCAAUUUAUGUUAUGGCUAAUGGAAUUGACGAUGACCAGAAUAUGGUGCAUGAUAAGCUCAGAGUGUAUUACAUACAGAAUUACAUCAACGAAGCUCUAAAAGCUUACAUCUUGGAUAACGUUAACCUGCAAGGAUAUUUUGUGUAUUCUUUUAAUGACAAGACUGCUCCUAAAUAUGGUCUCUACAGUUAUGUUGCAAAUCAAUACGAACCAAAGCCUUCUAUGAAACAUUACAGAGAAAUAGUUGACCAUAAUGGUUUUCCUGGUCCCGAGCCUCCUGAGUUGCUGUGCCCAGAAGAGAUUGCCUCGUGUCCUGAAUGCCACUUCUUCCGAAACAGAAAAUCAUUAUUAGCUUUUAUUGCUUUCAUAUUUGUUGCUUUUAUUGUUACUAUAUUCUUCAUUUCUUACUACUCCAAGAGGGGAGAAAGAAGGUAUAAAUAGAGCCGCCUCUUGGAAUACAUCACUCAGUACCCUUUCUUUUGCAUCCCCUUGGGAAAUCUGAAAUAAGAGCACACGAUGUUGCGAUUGCUUCAGCACUAGGAAGGCAUUUACAUUGCCUGAUACUGCAGGACAUUGAAACUGAGAAGAGAGUGCUAGCAUAUGGCUUCCAGAAAUAGUUUUCUCUGCUUUAGUACAUUUGGUUUAUGACCAGUCCUUAAUUCCUGUGGUUGGAGUUAUGUCACAACUUUCCCUGGGACCUUUUGUUGAGCAGAUGCUUUCCUCUCCUUGGAUUUCGCUUGCUGAGUUGCACAGGUAGAAGUAUGCUUUGAAGACAUGGAGUGAUGGACAAGCCUAAAUGUCGAAUUCUUCAAGAGAAGAUCGGGGAGAAACAAAAUGGUUUACUUUUCUAUAUUAGGGUUUAAUGCUGAUGUUGCUUGAUCAGCCAACGCCUGACUGGAGCAGGAAACAUGACUGAGCAGAGAUGGAGGAGAAUUGCAAAAAGCAGCGCCGGGUGAAGGGACACCCCCUUUCCUGAAGCAGAUGCAGAGGGAAGAACAGGGAGACAUGACUCUGUGCUGCUGGUAAAUCUGUUAACUACUACUCAGGUUGCUGAUGGCUGGGUCUGACUUUGGGAUGUCACUGGAGAACUUCAGCUAAAGAAGUUGUGUCUUUCUCGGUGGGGCAAGCAGCAGGGGCAUGUCUAGGGGUGGCAAGGGUCAUGCCACCUGAUGCGAAGAGAUGAGAAGGGUGAAAGGGAUGCUCAGGAAAAAAGCAGAGAGCAGGAACUGGGAUGACUUUACUGUCUCUGUGGUCAGAAAGCUGUGUGCCUGACCCGGUGCCCUGUACCCCCAGACACAGCAGGGCUGGGGCACCCCACUUCUGCACUUUUUGUACACAGCUGCCACUCCACUGCUGCCCAACUACUGACCUGCUGGAAACCUGGGGAUAAUUUAGUGAGGUGGUCUCUGCAUUCCAUUUGUGUUGAGGGUGGAGACAUUAAAUCCCAGCCUUUUGCUGUAAUAAUCCAGCCCUUUCAUGCUGCUUUUGCCAGGGUCUGGGAUCUUGGAGCUGUUGGUCCAAGCCUCUUCCAGGCUGGCUGGAGGGUCUCCUUGGAGCAACUGGAUCUGGCCCUGGCAGCAUUUCAUCCCAAAGUAUUACUGAAUGUCUGUGGGCCUCUCAUUUUUCUCUCAGCAAGAUAACUUAGAAAAAUAUUAGCAACAUUAUUUUUUAGUAGAGAUAAAGAGCGAAUGGAAAAACCCCCUACAUUAUUUUGCCUGCCUUGUGAAUCAUUGCAUUAGAAGUGUCCUCAGAAAAAAGCAGUGAGGUCAUUUUCUCUUCUCUCUAACUCCAGGCCUGCAAUGCCUUCAGCUGUAAUUGUGUUUUUAUUGCUAUGUUAAAAAUGUCAGUCACUGAAAAGAAUAUUUUAAAGGAAAUGUGCUGUGUGUUAAUUAAUAAUUAUUUAUCUACUAAAACUGAUUAUGCUGUAUUAAAUGUGAUGUUUAUCUACUAGAUGACUAGUAGAUGAUUAAAUGACCUCCUGGGGUUCCUUUCAACCUGAAUAGUCUAUGGUUCUGUGAUUCUGUACUGUAAAUUAAUACUUACAUAUGAAAUACAAUUUUCAUUUGUAACUUUAGAUUAUAUUUUUUCAUAAAUAAUCUAUAGAAAUAAAAAAGAGUACCUUAUCAUAAUGAUUAAUAUAUUUGGCCUCUAGUUGCAGUCUUAAAAUGGUCUCUCUUUGCACUAAUGUAUAUUUUGGUAUAGAGUUAAGGUGAAAAAUUCAGGGUAAGUGAUGAAGUAUUAAAAAUAUAUAUAAAAAAUAUUUAUGGCCUGAUAGGUCUUGCUGAAGAAGAGUGAAUUUUAAACUGCUCUAUAUUUAUGCAUUGGGGCCUGGUACAGUAUGGAUUACAAAGAAAGAGCUCUCCCUAUAUGUACAAAAUGCUGAAUGGCUGUCUCCAUGGUGUGGCAAUGAAUCACCUUGCGUCACAUUACUCCAGUAAUAUUAAAUGCCUUCACAGUACGUAACAAAAAGUGACAUUCAUUAAAUACAAACUGUAGCCAGGUCAUGCCUAAUCUGUAUGUUGUGUGUGUGUGUAGGUAUGUACAGCUAUUUUGCUGUUUGUAAAACUAAAGAAGUCUUGGCCUGGUCUUUCUGAGAAUCCCAGUGGACAUGUCUCCCCUGGGUGUGAGGGGAUUCAGGGGUCCUGGGCCAGACAAGUGCAGAAGAGCAGGGGUGCUGUUGGGCACUGUCACCUCAUGUCACUGACCUCGAACCACCCAGUGAGUUGCUGCCUUGUGCUCUGGAAUGUCCCAGCCACAGCAUAUCGUGUGAAGCAGUGGCCCAGGCACAGAGGAGAUGCUGCAGGCUCUUCCUGUGGAGGCUGGGUGAUAUGUAACCACCGACAGGCAGAUGGCACCAGCUGGAUAUCUAAUUUGUAGGUAAAUUGGGAUUUGUUGCUGUGGGGCUGUAUGAUCACAUCCACUCUUGGUGCCAUGGCCCAGAGAAGUAACGCAGCCUUUGGCGCCGUUCCCUUCAGAAGGGUUUUUGAAUAUCGCUGUGGAGCAGUGACCAGCUCACGCUGGGCUCAGCAGUCAGCGCUGGGUUCUGCUGAGCACUCUGCCUGUGGCGCUGCCGGCGCACAGCCGCGCGUGGCUCUUGGCGAGUGAAUUGCACAGUGAUGGACCUGGGAAAAUACAGGCUGGUCUGAUGGAGGUAAUGGCACAGUUUUGCCUCAGGAAUCUGCUUCAUUUUAUGUAAUCAGGGGGCAGCCCAAGUUUCUUGUCAAUCUUCUAGAAAAAAAAUCGCGCUCCACUAACAAGAAAAGAGCCCUUGAAUAGACAAAGAUUAGGUACCUGUCCAAGGAGAGCUGGGGUGUGCUCGUGCAAAGUGAUGUGGUAAUCACCGCCUGUGAUCGGGCUACGGGCUAUGGGGAACUUCAGUUUGGUACCCACGUGUGAGCGGUGAUCUGGCACUGCCCUGUCACCACCUGUGCCUCCGGAGCAGAAAUGCUGGCAGUAGCAAGGACUUUGAGCAGAGGGGACUCCAUGCUCAGGCUGCAGAGGCAGCUCAGGGGAGGAUGGUAUUUUUUCUGAAGAGCAACUGGACUUUGCAUGUGAUGGAUGUUAACAUACAUUACCUUAUAUAGACUAGUUUCUUGAUUUUAACCACGUUUCUAGAAUGAAAUGUUGUUGCCAGUUUGCUCAAUGCUGCAGAUUAAACAUGUUGUAAAAUACAAAAUUAUAUUUUUAUUCAAAAUAUUUUUGUGACCUGAGUGCAAAGCUUCUGUUUCAUUUCUUGAAAAUAUUGUGCAGAGUGACUGUGGGAUGUCUUUGCUAAAUGAAAUGUUACAUUGUUUUUAUAACAAUCUCAGAAAUGAAAUAAAGAUACUGCUUGUAACGAA